GGGAGGUGAAAGUCAUCAGGUGUCCGAAGGUAGGGGGUCCAGAGCUCAUAUAGAGGGGCGAGAGGGUGCGGCUAGUCCAGACGCUUUCAGUACCGCCGACGACUACCAUGUCGCCGAAGAUACGAAUCCUUUUAGGAGCUCUGUGUCUCUUCGCCGUAUCGGUGAGAGCGCAGGAUGGCGAGGGUGGCACGAAUGAAUUGAACGCCGAAGAGCUCUGCCAGGAUAGGCCAGGAGACGAAUUCUUUCGAGUCAAAGUCACGCACGACUGUCGCGACGUAGUCAGGUGCGACAAGGCGACGGAAGUCGGUGUGGUGCGGUUAGCCAAGUUGCGCUGUCCGAACCAGCUAGCAUUCGACAUCGAAAGGCAGACGUGCGACUGGAAGCCAUACGUGAAGAACUGCGAACAGCUCGAGAUUCCUCGCAAAGUUCUUCCGAUCCUGAAAACCGACGAACCGAUUUGUCCCGAGGGUAAAUUAUCUUGCGGAGAUGGCGAAUGCAUAGACAAAGAACUUUUUUGCAACGGCACACCCGAUUGCAAGGACGACUCCGACGAAAAUGCUUGCAGCGUUGAGACCGACCCGAACCGGGCGCCGGACUGCGACCCGACUCAGUGCGUUCUCCCGGAAUGUUUCUGUUCGGCUGACGGAACCAGAAUACCCGGUGGCAUCGACAUUGCCCAAGUUCCUCAGAUGAUAACGUUAACUUUCAACGGUGCGGUGAACGUUGACAACAUAGAUUUGUACGACGAGGUGUUCAACGGUCGUUUGAAUCCGAACGGUUGUCAAACCCGUGGUACAUUCUUCGUUUCUCACAAAUAUACCAACUACUCAGCUGUGCAAGAACUCCACAGACGCGGUCAUGAAAUCGGAGUAUUUUCUCUGACUCACAAGGACGACCCUCGGUACUGGAGCCAGGGAAGUUACGACGAUUGGCUAGCAGAAAUGGCAGGAGCCCGUUUGAUCAUCGAAAGAUUCGCCAACAUUAGCGAUGGCUCGAUCAUCGGAGUCAGAGCACCUUACUUGAGAGUCGGUGGAAACAAACAGUUCGAAAUGAUGGCCGAUCAAUUGUUCGUAUACGACGCUUCGAUUACCGCGUCUUUGGGCCGCGUACCGAUUUGGCCGUAUACCCUUUACUUCCGUAUGCCGCACAAGUGUAACGGAAACGGUAGAAACUGUCCCUCGAGGUCACAUCCGGUCUGGGAGAUGGUGAUGAACGAACUCGACCGCAGAGACGAUCCCACCUUCGACGAAAGCCUGCCCGGUUGCCAUCUCGUAGAUUCUUGCUCGAACAUACAGUCCGGUGAACAAUUCGGAAGACUUCUCAGGCACAAUUUCAACCGUCACUACACAAGCAACAGGGCACCCCUGGGUCUGAACUUCCACGCUUCGUGGCUCAAGAGCAAAAAGGAAUACAAAGAGGAGCUCAUCAAGUUCAUAGAUGAAAUGCUUGCCAAGAAUGACGUGUACUUCGUCACCAUGGUCCAGGUAUUGAAAUGGAUCCAAACGCCGACCGAGCUUGCGAAUCUCCGGGACUUCGCCGACUGGAAGGACACUUGCGACGAGAAGGGACAGCCGUACUGUUCCCUCCCGAAUGCGUGUCCUUUGACAACGAGGGAACUUCCGGGAGAGACUCUUCGUCUCAUCACAUGCAUGGAAUGCCCCAACAACUAUCCAUGGUUGUUGGACCCGACCGGUGACGGUUUCAGUUCGAAGGAAUAAAAUUUCUACGUUUUUAGAAGAAAGAAAAAGAGAAAACAAGGAGAAAAAAGAACAACCGGCCGACAAGUUUCUCACCGCUUCGUUUUGGUAGACCGGAAAAAUCGGCUAACUUAAAUUAACCCAAUCUGAGUUUCCGGUCGAACAAUACGCGUCCGCUGAAUGAGGGUAUGGAGGCGCAAUAUUAAGAAAUCAAGGGUGGAUAUCAAUCAUUCUUCGUUCUACGUCUCAGAGCCCAUCCCUGGACAUCGAAACGAAAAAAAAAAAAAAAAAAUGGAACAAACAAACGCCUAGCGAUUUCAUUUGUACAUAGAUUUUAUAUUAUUAAUUGAAGAAGGAAUAUAAAAACAAAUAAAUGAAUAAAUAAAAAUAUAAUAUUCCUCCGAGGUUCUCGUGACGCGACGACAAGAAGAGUCGUCGUUUUAACGACGCCGCUAUCUACUACUAGAUAUUAUAUUUAAUUGUGAGAUUCAUGAAGGAAAACAAUGCGUUUCUAAGAUGUCGAAUGAAUAAAAAAUAAGAAACCAAGAACAGUA